UUGGAUUCAGGCUUUAUAUGAGCGGCAUGGAGAGAAAGCAGCCACUAGAGGCUGCACUAGCAAAGACACAGAUACAUAGAUCAAUAAAGAAAGAGAGAGAGAGAGACAGAGGAAUCAAUGGAGAAAACAGCAAAAAAGAGAUGGAGAGAUAGCACGCAGUUCAGUACAGCAAGACAGAGUGGCAGAGUGAAGAGAUAGUAGGAGUGAGCAUCGUACCAGCUGACAACCUGAGAGAGAGAGAGAGAGCAUCUGAGCCCCAUAGAGAGAGAGGGAGAGAAAGAGAGAGAGAGGGAGGGAGAGUAGAGCAGCACACAACCACGUUGCCCGUCCUCAUAUUUCCCUCUGCAGCUGUGCGAGGCAGAGUAAGCAGCGGAGAGGAGAGAGCACAUCUGAGUCUCGUGGAAACAGCAGGACCACGUACCACUUGCCCGAGAGAUCGAUGCACUUACGCCAAGCCACGAAGGAAGGGUGAGCGGCCCAUAGGACGUCCGUGUACUGCCACAUACACAGAGAGAGAGAGAGAGAGAGAGGGGAGCCAAAGGGACAGAGAGAGGGAAGAAGAUCACCCAAGGCCAAUUUGAAAGCUUUCAGCUGGUCACUCGGAGCAGCUGCAGCCCAGAAGACCAACACUGAAAGGAUCAACCCCGCUUGGAGCUCUCAAGGACAGGUGCAGAGUCAGAGAGAGACUGACAACAAGAGAGAAAAGUACUAACAGAAAAGGUGUGAGUGGACAGGAGUGGUGAGGUUUCUUCCCAGCAUGCCACUGGCACGGCAACAUCACAGGGCCACUGUGCCCACAGCAGGCUGGAUCCUGGCUUUUACUCUGUUUCUUGCUCUUCAGGGUGCCGCUCAUGCCGCUCCAUCAGGAGACAACAAGCUGGUUCGUACCACCAGAGUGAGGAGACAGACCCCAGGGGGGGAUCAGCCCCCCUUCGCUUCCUCAGCCAACGAGACCCUGCGGGAUCAACCAGUGGUCUUUAACCACGUCUACAACAUCAACGUGCCCUUGGAGUCUCUGUGCUCUGUCGACCUGGACGCCUCCGCACCACCUGCCCCAGGUGAUGGUUCUCGUGCUGAGUUGGGGUCCAGACCUUCUGUGGAGGGUCCAAUGGAUCCCAAUGGACCAGCAGAAUACAGUGAGCAGACACUGGAUGCUGACAGCCAGGUGACAUUCACUCACCGCAUCAACAUCCCAAAGGCUGCAUGUGGCUGUACGACAACAACCACCAUCCAACAACUUGCCACCCGGGUGGAAAUGCUGGAGAGAGAAGUUUCCCUGCUCAGGGCUCAGUGUGGGUCCGGAUGCUGCGGGGAGAGCUCCGCCAUGGGUCAUUUGGACUUCAUCCCAGGCUGCAGUGGCCAUGGCAGCUUCAGCUUUGACAUGUGCGGCUGCAUCUGUGAGGAAGGUUGGGCCGGCAAAAACUGCUCCGAGCCUCGCUGCCCGGACGACUGCUCUGGCCAGGGCGUGUGCUUGGAAGGGGAGUGCGUCUGCGACCGUGACUUUGGAGGCGACAACUGCUCGGAGCCGCGGUGCCCUUCGGACUGCUCGGGUCGCGGGCUGUGUAUCGACGGGGAGUGCGUGUGCGAAGAGUCCUUCACCGGCGAUGACUGCAUGGUCGGGAGGUGUCUCAACGACUGCUCGGACCAAGGGAUGUGCGUCAACGGGACGUGCCAGUGCAGGCCCGGGUACGUGGGAGAGGACUGCUCGCUGGUCUACUGCGCCAACAACUGCAGCAAAAAGGGAGUCUGCAAAGAGGGAUUCUGUGUGUGCCAGGAUGGCUUUGCAGGAGAUGACUGCAACUCCGUGGCACCGGCCAUGAACGUGAAGAUUCGAGGCGUGACUGAUCGCACUGUCGACGUGGAGUGGGAGGGUUCAGUUGUGCUGACGGAUUUCUUGGUGACCUACACACCAAGCAGCCUUGGAGGUGUGCAACUGGAGAUAAGGAUUCCAGGCAAUACCACCACCUGCUCUAUCUCAGGCCUGGAGGCAGGCAUGGAGUACAACAUCAACGUGUUCGCUGUCAUUAACAACACUAUCAGCGUCCCUGCCAGCAUCACCGUCUCGACCUAUCUCUCCAAUCCGGAUGGUUUAGUCUUCAAAUACAUCACAGAGACAUCAGUGGAGGUCCAGUGGUUACCCUUCUACUAUUCCUUCGAUGGAUGGGAGAUCAGCUUCAUCCCAAAGGACAAUGAUGGAGGGAUGACCGCACAGCUGCCCAGCACCAUCACGUCCUUUGUGCAGACUGGUUUGAGACCAGGGGAGGAGUACACUGUUAACCUGGUGGCGCUCCGAGACCAGGGUCGAAGCCAGCCAGUCACUGCUACUGUCAUAACACUGAUUGAUGGCCCCACUCAGCUGAUCGUGCGGGACGUGUCCGACACCGUAGCGUUUGUGGAGUGGACGCCACCAAAAGCAAAGAUUGAUCAAAUCGUGUUACGUUACGGCCUGGUGGGAGGAGAGGGUCCGCGGACCACCUUCCGCCUCCAGCCCACACUCAGCCAGUACUCCCUGCAGGUUCUACGUCCUGGCUCGCGUUACGAGGUGUCUGUGAGCGGAGUGAGAAAAGGAAAUGAGAGCGGAUCUAUUUCCACUGAAUUUACUACCGCUUUAUCGUUCUUCUCAGAGAUCGAUGCCCCCAAGAACCUGCGGCUCGUGUCCAAGACCUCCACCACCCUGGAGCUCGAAUGGGACAACAGCGAGGCCGAGGCGGAGGGCUACCAGGUGGUGUACAGCACUUUAGCAGGAGACCAGUAUGAUAAAGUCAUCGUACCACGCAAUGAGGGAGCCACCACUAAGACCACCCUCACAGACCUGCUGCCAGGCACCGAGUACGGCAUCGGCAUUUCUGCCAUGAAAGGCAGCAACCAGAGUACGCCGGCAACAAUGAACGCCAGGACGGGUCUGGAUGUGCCCAUGGAUCUGACUGUGACGGCUUCUACGGACAACACCAUUACUCUGGUGUGGGGCGUGGUCCAGGGCCCCAUCGACCAUUACAAGGUCACCUACACCUCCUCCUCUGGCGUCAGUACAGAGCUGACGGUGCCUAAAGAAGUAACCAGCACCACUCUGGUCGACCUUGAGCCUGGGACUGAGUACACUAUCACUGUGGCUGCAAGAAGAGGAAGACAGCAGAGCACUGCAGCUACCAUAGACGCAUUCACAGGAAUCAGGCCCGUAACCCACCUCUACUUGUCAGAGGUGACUUCAGACUCGGUGUCGGUGGCGUGGAGCGCCCCAGCACCGCCUGCUGACCUCUUCAUCCUGAGCUACAGCUCUGCAGAUGGGACCGACACCUCUAAGGUGACGCUGGACGGCUCCAAGACGAGGUCACUGGUCCAGGGGCUGCUGCCUUCCACUCCGUACACCGUCAGUCUAAUCACAAUACAGGGGGACGUUACCUCUGAGCCCAUUACAGCAUCACUCACUACAGGCAUGGACCCACCAAAAGAGGUGAUGGUGUCAGAUGUUACUGAAGACUCAGUGACUAUCUCUUGGAUCAAACCACUGGCUCCAUUUGAAUACUAUAAGCUGUCCUACCAAUCAGCCAGAGGUCGAGUGGACAGCGUGGUGAUUGACAGCGAUGUUACCAACUACACCUUGUCCAGCCUGUUUCCUGCUACAGAAUACGAGAUCAGCAUCAACGCUGUCAGAGGGAGUCAGGAGAGCAAAGUGGUCAGCACCUCUGUCUUCACAGCCAUGGACAUGCCAUCCGAGUUGACAGCUCUCAACAUCACUCCACAAGGAGCCCUGCUGAGGUGGAACCCACCUGUUUCCAUUGUCGACAACUACGUGCUGACCCUCACACACAACAAGGUGACUGCUGAUACUUUCCUUGUGGAUGGCAACAAGCAGGAGCACCAGCUGUCCAACCUUAAGCCAAGCACCACCUACUCCGUAGCCCUCUACGCCAGCAAAGGACCCCUCACCAGCGGCACCGUCAUCACCAACCUCCAAACACCCAUGGACGCGCCCCUGAACCUGACAGCGAGUGAGGUGAAUCACCGCAGCGCUCUCAUCUCCUGGCAACCGCCAAUCGCAGAAAUUGACAACUAUAUGCUCACCUACAAGUCGACCGACGGCAGCCGCAAAGAGCUGAUCCUGGAUGCAGAGGACACAUGGAUUCGACUGGAGGGACUGGCUGAGACCACAGAGUACACUGUCAAUCUCCAGGCUGCAAGAGGACUUGACACCAGCGCUGUAGUCUCCACUACCUUCACUACAGGGAGUCGUCUGUUUGCAACACCUCAGAAUUGUGCCCAACACCUGCUGAAUGGAGAGACGCUGAGCGGCGCAUACACCAUUUACAUCAACAGAGACCCCAGCCAGGGUGUGCAGGUGUACUGCGACAUGACUACUGAUGAAGGAGGCUGGAUCGUAUUUCAGCGUCGUCAGAAUGGCCUGACAGACUUUUCCAGGAAGUGGAGUGACUAUCGGGUCGGCUUUGGAAACCUGGAGGAUGAAUUCUGGCUCGGUCUAGACAACGUCCAGAGGAUUGCUGCUCAGGGCCGUUAUGAGCUGAGAAUUGACAUGAAGGACGGACAGGAGUCGGUCUACGCCAAUUAUGACAAAUUCUCCAUUGGAGAUGCGAGAAACCUCUACAAGCUCAGGAUAGGAGAGUACAAUGGCACCGCUGGUGACUCUCUGAGCUACCACCAGGGCCGGCCCUUCUCUACAAAAGAUAGAGACAACGACAUCGCUGUCACUAACUGUGCCUUGUCUUACAAAGGAGCAUGGUGGUACAAGAACUGCCACCGGGCAAACCUCAACGGCAAAUACGGCGAGUCCAGACACAGUCAGGGUAUUAACUGGUACCACUGGAAAGGCCACGAGUUCUCUAUUCCUUUCGUUGAGAUGAAGAUGAGGCCAUUCAACUUCCGUAGCAUCAGCAGCAAGAGGAGGCGGUCUGCCCCUGUAUAAACAAACCGCCUCCUCCCAGCCCAGAGUCAUGGAUAAAUAGAGUUCGGACGAUGUUUACUGAUGAGUUUCUGCUAUAUGUGUGCCUCACUGAUGUGCUCUUUAAUGCAUUUUAGUGUGGCCGCAAAGAAAAAAAAGGGGGGGUUAUGACAAAAAGCUACUAAUAUUUUAUUAAUAUUCAGUUGUAAAGUAAUAAAACCCAUUAUUAUUAACAUACUACCAACACACAGAAACGGUUAUAACUAUGACAUCAUUAAAUAGCAGAGAGGGUGAAACAAUGUCCGAACUCUGUUUAUCUCUGCUCCUGCCCAGCUUUAGCUGUCUUUCCCUGCUGUACUUCUACCCAGACGAUAGAGGACACUGUAUGUAAUUUAUUAAAUACUUUGAAUGACAAUGGUUCUAUUUGCUGUAAAAAAAAACGGAAAGGCAAACCAAGAAGCUUUUUUUUUCUUUAAGUCUGUGAUUUGCCUUUCCCUGGGAUGCGAGGAAAUGUGCUCAGAAAUGCCCUCAAGACUGCGAGAGCUAACGUUAUUUUAACCGUUACGAAACAAUAACACUUUUAACGAAAAAUAUACUGUAUAUGCCCUUAAAACCCUUAACUGUAAGAUAUAUAUAUUUUUAUAACUGAUAUUGUGACAAAAGUCCAUCUAUUUAAUAUGAUUUGAUGCCUUGGUUUUUGAGCCUAUAUUAAGUUAAUGUAAUCGUAAAACAUGAUGACAAAUACUGGACACACGAGAUAAAAAUUAAUAUCAAAAAGCAAAACUGAACAACCAGAAUCAUCAUUCACAAAGCAGUGCACCAGCAACACCUUCAUUACCAUCUAGUUACCAUCUAGUUAUUUAUUUUAUUUCUCUCUGUGUCUGUGUUUCUGUUGAUUACAGUCUCCUCUGUGUUAAUUAUUAAAGCAGAAUGAAAAUCAUCAAUAUUGAACUUUAUUAUUAUUGGUAGCACACACUGAGACAGUAUUUGCACUACGAGUGGGAACACAGCAAAGCUAUUCUUGUUCAUUCAAUUAAGUUAUUUCUGUAGUCGUUCAUGGGCAUUUAAAUAUUACUUCCUGGACUUUAUUUUCAAGCAAAUUACAAACGCUUAAUAUCUGUGUCACCCCUGUUGUGGAUGCUGUGAUUGCUUGCAGAGAUGGUGCUGAUAGAUGUAAUUUUUAAAGCUGAAGGAGGCAGUUUAUUUUUGGUAUUAUUGGGCAAAAAUUCCACAAUAACCUUUCAGCAUACUGCAAUUCAAGUGGUAACCCGGGGUAGGCAGUUUUAUGGAAAAGGCAACAAAAAAUUAAAAAUACAGCCCUCAUCCUGCAGCUCUUCCUUCUCUGCCCUAAGACGUUAUAUAGCGGCAACUCUAUACGAAUUACCGUCCUGUUUUCUUUGCAAACAUGUGGGCCUGUAAAGCCCUUUGAGAUGACAUACUACACGACAUACACAUACUAUGAUUUGAGGCUAUAGCAAGCUAAAAUAUUGGCGAAGUGUUUCAGAGAUGGAGAGAAAAUAUUGCAAAUAGUUUAGCUUUCUGGUAACUAUAGUCGUAGCCACAGUGGUGAUAGAGUAUAGAAGCAAUGAGACAGAACUCUGGUGCUUUUUUGAAGCACCGUGGUUUUGCAUCAGUAGCUGUCGCCAUUUUGGACUGAAAACGCUUAUUAUAUUUAUAAAUUAUUGUUCAACACUGGCCCUUUCGGUAGAAU